GGCUCGCCGGGGCGGCAGGGGGACACCAUGUCCAAGCCGGUGGACCACGUCAAGAGGCCGAUGAACGCUUUCAUGGUAUGGUCACGGGCGCAGCGACGGAAGAUGGCCCAGGAGAACCCCAAGAUGCACAACUCUGAGAUCAGCAAGCGCCUGGGCGCCGAGUGGAAGCUGCUGACUGAAUCGGAGAAGCGGCCCUUCAUCGACGAGGCCAAGCGGCUGCGAGCCAUGCACAUGAAGGAACACCCCGACUACAAGUACCGGCCGCGGCGGAAGCCCAAGACGCUGCUCAAGAAGGACAAGUUCGCCUUCCCCGUGCCCUACGGGCUGGGCGGCGUGGCGGACCACGAGCACCCGCACGGGCUGAAGGCGGGCGGGCUGCACGGCGGCGCGGCCGGCGGGCUGGUGCCCGAGUCGCUCCUGGCCAACCCCGAGAAGGCGGCAGCCGCCGCCGCCGCUGCCGCCGCCCGCGUCUUCUUCCCCCAGUCGGCCGCCGCCGCUGCCGCCGCCGCCGCCGCCGCCGCCGCCAGCAGCCCCUACUCCCUGCUGGACCUGGGCUCCAAAAUGGCCGAGAUCUCAUCUUCCUCCUCUUCCUCGGGCUCCGGGCUGCCCUACGCCUCCUCGUUGGGCUACCCCGGCGCCGGCGGGGCGGGCGCUUUCCACGGGGCCGCCGCUGCCGCCGCCGCCGCCGCGGCCGCCGCCGGGGGGCACACGCACUCGCACCCGUCGCCCGGUAACCCGGGCUACAUGAUCCCCUGCAACUGCAGCGCCUGGCCCGGCCCGGGGCUGCAGCCGCCGCUGGCCUACAUCCUCCUGCCGGGCAUGGGCAAGCCCCAGCUGGACCCUUAUCCCGCAGCCUAUGCCGCGGCACUAUGACCCACGGCCGGAGGAGGCCCGCGCAGAGCUCCGGCGCCCGCCUGGAUGUGUGCCGGCACAUCCGUGCGCACGGGGAGGGGGGCGAGCCGCCGCUGGGGCCGCGGAGGGUGACCGGGCCAGGCGAUGGGGAGAGCCGGAGCGGCGGACGACCUGUUGCUCGUCCCCUGCCUGCUGCCCCGGGUAGACCUUGUGUGUGUUGCAUGCAGUCUGUGCAGAUAGCCCAGCUGAAACAGAAGAGAAAAAAAUGGGAAAAAAAAAAUAGAAAAAAAUGGAAGAAAAAAAAAAAAGAAAAAGAACCGAUCCACCCUGCUCUCAAAGUGCUUGUUCGGGACAGACUCGGGGAGCAACAUCCCUCAUCCGGCUCUGGCUUUCCCCUCCGUCGCUCCCCGCGUGGUGCUGGAUUCGGAACAGUCCCGUUUUAGAACCCCUGCCACCGAGAGGAGAGACGGGGAAGCCGGGGGGGAAGGGGGAUGGUGAGGUCCCGGCUCAGCACGGCAGGGUCAGGUGCCGCCCCGCUAAAGGACAGGGUCACUCUGUCCUUGAUCCGUAGCCCCUCGUGGGAUCCAUGCAAAGAAAGAGUUGGUGGUACGGGAUGCUGCCCUCCUUCUCUGUGCCCUGCCCUGCGUGGAUUUCUGCCCUCCACUGCUACGGGAUGCUGGCAGGCACGGGUCGUGAUUUUCACGAGAGGAUAAGACGCGUGACUCUCGGUUCCCGUGUGUCUCCCUCCACCCCCCACUAAUUAAGUCUCACCCUCAGACUGUAAAUUUGUAUAUCUCUGUGGAAAUGUUAGGUCUCGGAUUGAAAACUGUUAGUUACUUCGCCCACGGUCGAUUCAGUUUUAACCUGAAAAAAAAAAAGGAAUGCCUUUCAAAGGGAAUAAAAAUAUUGUGAGACUGCUCGAGGAUCGCAAUAUUAUCUAAGGUUAAAUCAGACUUUUUUGUCUGAGUGAUAAUUAUCUAUUUAUUAUUUAGCUGAACUGAAACAGAGCUUUGCUUUGACAGGAGAGUAUUCUCAUUUAAAAGAAAAUCUGUCUCCCCCAUGAACAUGAAGUGUUUCACACGUGUUUUGGAGUACCCUACCUGUUUAGCUUAUUUUAGAGCCACUGCAAUUCAAUUGCAAAUGGUGUUUAAAAGAAAGAAAAAACAACAAAGUUUAGAGGAAAAAAUCCUUCAUCAGUUUAGAGUUCUUUUUUGGUUUACUUUUGUAAUGUGUAUAUUUUGACUAAUGUUUGUGAAUGAAGCUGGCUAACAUGUAUUUAGUUUCAUUUUGGCUUUAUGUAAUAUAAAGUAAAAAAAAUGAUUAAGUAAUGGUUUUAACAUUUACGUGUAAAUGGUUUUCUUGUGUGAUCUUCUAAUUUAAAGUUAGACGUCUAAACUAUAUCUGUAAAUUAGAUUCCGACUACCACUCUGUUCAUUUUUGAACAAAGAGUUUAAAUAAAGCCUGAAGCAGGGAAAAGA